AUGUCUUCCCCUACCAAGAACUCCAACCCCCCGACCAGCUCCACCACUGCCUCCUCCAACCUGUCCUCCUCUACCAACUCCGCGUCUAACAACCCCAGCUACUCCAGCAACACUACCGCUCCCAGCAACUCUCUCAGCACCAGCAACCCCAACAACUCCCUCAACACCACUAACACCAACAAGGAGAACUCUGGAAAGUCCCUCCCCAUGCCUGGCCUGUCCGGCCCCGCCAACGGACCCAUCGGAAACCUCCUCAAGGGUCCCGUUGACGACAACGGCAAGCUCAAGGACGCCGGCCUCAUGGUCGGUAUCAAGCUUGACCUUGAAGCCGAGGUUCACCUCACAGCUCGGGUCCGAGGUGACAUCCUUGUUGGGCUAUACUAG